AUGGAUGAUUUUGAUAUGGUAAGUUUGUGAAAAGGAAAUGAAGUUUUAUAUUUGUUUGUCCCUAGAAGCUUCAUUUUUGAAAUAUAUAUGUACAUAUGUGCAUAAAUUUGUAGUAUACGUUCUACAAGCAAGUAUGAAUGGAGAAACAUAUUAAAGGUAAUUAAAUGAUUGAAUCAUCCUUUGUCUCUUCAUCCCAUGGUAUCUUCCUAGAAUCAUCAUACAUUAUGAAUAUAUUUCCCUAUUUUAUCAAGAAUAUAUUCAGUGUAGCUUGUGAUAAGAUGAAAGGUGAAGGAGGGGAGAAGAUAAUUAAAGGAGUCUGUGACAAUCACAGAUUUUCGGCGGUGGCGCUUCAGUUGUCAUUUCCAUCUCCACCGGCGCGCCACUGCCACCUCGAGUAAGUACUAUCUCCGUCACCGGUAAUUCCAUCCCCUUCUCCAUUUCGCGGGUAGCGACGCCUCCGCACGGCGCCGAUCAAUAACGUUGUUCUCGGCGACGCCGACGUCGAGAGCGUCGCUGCGUGAAGCCAUCCGCAAGCAAUCGACGUGUCACCACGAAAACUUGUACACGGGUGCGAUCGAAAAGGAGCGUCGCGUGGAAAAAAAAAAAGAAAAACGAUUGGGAAUGCGACCUGUGCACUUAUUGCUGUUUUGCAGAACAAUACUUAUGUCAACGAACGGCACGAACAGCACCUGGACCCGGAACCAGAGUUUCUCGGAUUCGAGCAAUCUUUAGGACCCACCCACGACACGAUGGCUAAGAACGUGGGGGAGAGCCGGAUACCAGUUCCACGCGCAACACGGCCGUCUUUCUUCCCGAAAUCGAGAGUGCUCGGUACGUCGACGAUCGUGCCUGGACACCGACGUUCGUUAGUACUCCCGGGAUGUUUGCAAUUCGUCGAUGCCGAGGACGAAUCUGACAUUCCUAAAACAAAGUGCGGGCCACGAGCUACGUCUACGCCGUCGAUCGAAGGUGAUAGUAAAUAUAUAAAUACGUUGUUUGCGCAGGAAUCGUUUUCAAUGAAAAAAGAUUUAAUGCAUUAUUCUCUUAUGUUUCCAACAGAUUCGGGACACAAGACGUUCAAGUUAUCACCCGUGUGGAAUAUUGAGAAAGAUGACGUGCAACAGUUGGUUCAUUUCGCGGAAGAGAAGAGCAACUUUUUCAGUUUGCUCGAGAAUUCUGAGUUGAAUAUGAUUGAGGACAUCGGUGAGGGUUGCCUCUUGGAAGCGUCCCUAGGCAAUUACAGCGAUAAUGCAGUAAACGCGACGCCGCAUUAUUUGAUGCUCAACAAACAGAAUUCUUUUGAACACGACGAAAGCCUCGGUAUAUUAACUCCCGACCAGAUGACCGACUUCACGGUUGCGCUAGAGUGCUCCAGGACACCAUCCUGCGAAAAUCUUACGGGAUCAGCAGGCUCUAGAUUGGCGUUAACGCGAGCGUCGGCGUCGAGACCGUCGGCGGAUGUCGAGCCAACUGAAGAGGCCUCCAGCGAGAGAACACCAUCUCCAGAAGAACUACCGCUCGAUCCUAAACCAACGGAACCUGUUAGGGGCACUGUUCCAAUUAGUUUCGUUACGUCGGUUACGAGUAUCACCAGUCUUGAAGCUGGUUAUCAAGGCGACGGCGAGAAUUCUAGACCAGCAAGCCGUGGGGCCGAUCCACCAUCUGUCGCUCCACCGCCGAAUUUACCCGCCCCUUGUAGACAGGAUCCGAUGACGGAUUCGGACUUCUUCACAGAAAGUGAUGCCGACGCGUAUGAGGAAAUCGUACGUGGUGAUAGGAAAGCUCAGGUGAUCGAUGGUACCCUCUUCUGUGCACCUGGUGGACGAAGAUGUCCCAGUUUCACUGGCGGAGAAGAGAUGGACUCGAGUGGGAUUUAUUCGGAUCUCGACAAGAGGCAGGAUGAGUUUCACGCUCCUGAAGAGGCAGUCGAGGAACACGAGGACCGUACUCCGGAUACCAUUGACACGGAAGUCUCGCAAAGAAGCCAGCCGACACCAAUCAAGGCGGAAGUUAGUCACGUUAUAAUGGAUUAUUUGCAGGCGAGUCGACAAUUCCUUUUAAAUUUAAUAUGUAUCUGUGCUCCCGUGAAUCCUCUGGAUGGAUCGGCCGACUCCAGUGGUUCGAUGAACAAUAAUGAAAUUACAGUGAUCGAGGUUGAGAGAACCAAUGACAGUAUAAGAACGAAGAUACAGAAAGUUGAUUCGGUUCCAUUAAAGAAAUAUAAGAUGCCUAAGAGGAACGUUGUCUCGAAGAUCAAAGCUAUGAUCGAGUCUGGACCGAAGGAUGAAGCAGAGAAAGAAGCUCGACGUUCACAGAGAUCUGCUAGAAAGGGUGGACGCUGGGAUGCCGUUAUGAGUAAAAUUGAAGCCGGGAAAAAUGAACAGAGAAGUAGGCCAGCUAGGAAGGAAGUAAAAUCGAGGGUACUUCAGAGUCUUGGUCAGUCAUCUUCUACAGGAUCAAGUCAAAAGAAAGCUGGUGACGCAAAUAAUAACAGUAAUAAGGAUAAAAGGAGAAUACGUGGCCGACAAGAAAUAAAGUCGCCAAUCGAAGAAACUGCCAGAAGUUCCGUUCGUAGCUCUUUAAGUGAUCUCAGCACUGGACCUAGUAAGGAUGCGUCAAGUAAGUCAAAUUGA